UAUUUUGAACCAUCAACAGUUUGAUAGAGAAACAAACAAGUAUUUUAUAAUUUUUAACUAUUUUAGUAACAAUUAAAAUGAAAAAAAAAGUUAUUAUUCUUUUAAAUUUAUUACUUUUUAUUGAUUUACUGUCAUUGGCAAUUUCUUUGGAUAAUGAUAAUUCCAAUGAUAAAACUGAAAAUCAUAGGAUAUACUCCAUUGAAGACAUUGAUAAAAAUUGUACAACUGAUGAUAAUUGUAGUCAUUUAAAUAAUACCGAAUGUCAUAUGAAUGAAUGUCAAUGUAAAUCAAACUAUAUUGAAAGAGAAGGCAUCUGUGUUGAUCCUAUUGGUUUAAUUUGUUAUAAAAAUUAUGAUUGUGGAGGUGAUAAAGUCGCUUGCUUACUUGGAACUUGUCAAUUAAUAGAAACAUUUUUUUCACCAGAAAAUAAAAAAAAUAGUGAUUUAUAUUCUCCAAAAAUUAUGGGUGAUUAUUGUGUAAACGAUGAUCAAUGUAGUGCGUUAAAUAAUACAAAAUGUACGGAAGACGGAUGCAGAUGUUCAGGAAAUUUUUUCGAAAUAGAUAAUAAGUGCGUUGAACUUAAUGGCGAGUUAAAAUGUUCUAAUCAUGAUGAAUGUAAAGGAAAAGCCCGUUGCUUAUUUGGAACUUGUCAAUCAAUACUAAAAUUUUUUUCACGAAAAAAUAAACACCGAAAUUCUUUAUAUUCUGCACAGAAUAUCGAUGAUAAUUGUUUACGUGAAAAUCAUUGUCAUAAUAUUCCUUUUACAAAAUGUUGGCACUACAGAUGUAUAUGUUCUGAUAAUUACGUGAGCGAAGGAAAUAAAUGUUUAGGAAAAUUAAACGCACCUUGUAGAAUCGAUCAUGAUUGUGCUAACAAUGAUCUCGAAGAAGUGGGAUGUGUAUUGAAUACUUGUCAAUUGCUGUCUGAAUUUUUUUCACCAUCAAAUGCACCAAAUAUUUCUUAUUAUUUUAAGAUUAAGUCACAACAUUUUGAUUAUUGCCGAAACGAUUAUGAUUGCCGGUACUUACAGUUCACAGAAUGUUCUAAUUCUCGGUGUGAAUGUCGUGAAAAUUAUACAAAAAAAGAUCGUAAAUGUCGAGGACUUUUGAAUGCUAAAUGUUAUAUUAAUUCUGAUUGUGCCAUGGAUGAUACUGUAUGCCAAGAUGGCACUUGUCAAUGGUCACCAAUGUAUUAUUCAGUUUAAAAAGUUGUAAUCUAUGUUUAUUUUUUAAAAAUAAAUAUCACAGACAUUAACCCAACAAUUCAUUAUUUAAUUAUUU